GCCCCAACCUCGCGCAGAGAUCCUCCCUUCCCUCCGAAAGCGGGACACGCACGGAACACAACGGGCAAAGGUUGCUGGUGCACUAGAGUAGGAAGCAGUAACCCUCCCUCAUCAAAAGCAGUACUGCAUGCCACGCCAUGCCCCUGUCCUCCUCCUCCUCCUGCUGCAUGCCAUGCCACACCAGCACCACAUCCUAGAUAUCCCUCUGCCGGCCAAGCCAAGCAUACUGGAUAGAUACUGAUUGGGAUUUAUAGACACCUUUUCCCUCACACAGUGCGCACAUCAUAUCAAGAAUCGAUCCAGAAGAGGCCAUCAUCAGAGGAUAAAGGGGUGACCAAGACAGGCGAGGGAGCUGGGAUCAAGAAGGCUUCUUCAUUUGCUCGAUCAUCGAGAAGAAGAGCUGCAGUCAGCGGGAGGGAGCUAGCCAUGGUGUCUCGGGGGAAGGAGGAGGAGGAGGAGGAGGCGGCCGCCGGGUGGGAGGGGGAGAAGGAGGGGGAGAUCGACUACGUGUUCAAGGUGGUGGUGGUGGGCGACUCGGCGGUGGGCAAGACGCAGCUGCUGGGGCGCUUCGCCAAGGACCAGUUCUUCCUCGACUCCAAGUCCACCAUCGGCGUCGAGUUCCAGACCCGCACCCUCAUCCUCCACCGCAAGCAAGUCAAGGCGCAGAUCUGGGACACCGCCGGGCAGGAGAGGUACCGGGCGGUGACGAGCGCCUACUACCGGGGCGCGCUGGGCGCCAUGGUGGUGUACGACGUGACCCGGCGCGCCACCUUCGACCACGUGCCCCGCUGGGUGGAGGAGCUCCGCGCCCACGCCGACGGCUCCACCGUCGUCGCGCUCGUCGGUAACAAGGCCGACGCGCCGCCGCACCGCCGCGAGGUGCCCGCCGACGAGGCCGCGCGGUUCGCCGAGGAGCAGGGGCUCUUCUUCUCCGAGGCGUCGGCGCUCACGGGCGACAACGUGGAGCGCGCCUUCCUCGCGCUCCUCGAGGAGGUCUUCGCCGUCGUCUCCCGCCGGGCGCUGGAGCUCGACGAGGCGCGGCGGACGCGCAACGGCGGUGGUCACGACGGCGAGACGCUGUCGCUGAGGGGCACCACGGUGGACCUGCACGACCCCAUCAUGGAGACCAGCGCCAUGAAGAAGACCGCCUCCUCGCAGUGCUCCUGCUCGUGACCGGCGGCGACAUGAUCGACGACGUGCAAUGAUUCAUACCGUAUUACACCAUGCGUUCCCGAAGACAGAACAAGUUUAGACAUGUAAAGCAUUUGUUGUACAUACAUUGUGAUAAGAAAUGGUUGGAUUCA